AUGAACGUGGACCUGCUCGUCAACUGCCGCGACGGAGACUUCAUGGUCAACGAAGAGGCCAAGAAGGAGCUUCGGAAGCAGCUGCGUCAGUUCCGCGACAGGCUCGCGACCGACGCGACGCCCGACCUCGGCACGCACCGCAACUUGAUGGAAGGUAUUGUCUUCUUCGUCGUUAAGGACGCGGUGGGUGACAGCGUCGCGUCGUUUGACGACGCCCUCGGACGCAUCAAGGGCCUCAAGGGGUACCUGAUUGGGGCGAAAAAUAAGCCCGGUGAAGGCUUCUUGCGCUCGGUUUCUUGGGGCAUCGAGGGCUUCAAAGUCUUCAAGAACAUGGAGACGCACUACCAAGCAGGCGACGACUUGGCCAACUACGUCCCCCUCGUCCUGUGCGCCAAACAAAACUGGUCGGCGCUCGCCCUCGUGCUCAUGGAGUCGAUCAUCACGGUCACAAGAGUCGCCGAGCUACAACAGACCGCCAACGACGUCAUCCAAGAGCUGCGGAAGCGGAAGAGCCUCAACUUGCUGCCACGUUACUACCUCCGAUGCAGCCGCGGCAACCAAUGUGCGACACCAGGUUGCAACUAUGCGCACUCGGCAGAGGACAUGCACAUCGUGGGCGUCGCCCGCGCCGUCGCUUUGGGCGACAGGUGGAAGGCAACGAGGUGCGUCCAUCAGCCCAAUUGCCGCUACGACACACGGUGCGACAACCAGCACGAAAGCGAUGACCGAGACGCCAUUUUGCGUCUGCAGAACGUCGCGAGGGAGAUCGUACGUACCAGCUAUGUGCGCCUCGGAGAGCUCUACGUCGAAUUCCUCUCAGGCGAGACCGUUGCUGUGGCUUGUCGUGUGCGGGAGGGUUAA